UGUGUCAUACAUGCAAUGAGAAGUUAUGCUUAGAAGUGUUUCUAACGAAUUUGCUCACAUUUCCUUUCACAGGAGAUUUUUGUUACAUAAAUUCAUAGACUGAAGACGGAACAAUCUUUGCAAACGUUUAUCUUGUUAUUGAUUCUGUAAGAAUUACUAUUCUGUUGACGUUUGUUUUAAAAUAAGCCAAAAGAAGUAAGCCGAUCAGCUGAAAUUGUAUGCCCCUGACGUCAGAGUCGGCGAACUAAAAAGUGUAAUGGCUGCAACGAGUGACAGCCUAACAAGAUUCCGGGGUCAGCCGUGGUCUAAUUGGACUGAUUAUUUGGGUCGGGACAGCCCUCUUAGCGAUGAAGAUGAUCCCGACAAGCCUGUGCCAGAUGUUAUGAGACUUCCUAAGGAAGAUAUGGGGUUGUUUGGUUUAUGCCCUGAGACAGAUACCUUUUAUGCUGUUGUCUGUGAAAUAUGUGAGGCUUGUGUGAAACCUCAGGGCCUGAUUAAUCAUAUGGAACUGUGGCACAAAGCGGAUGCAACAGAUGCCUUACCCCCUCCUGAACCCUCCGAGAAAGUUAGUAAUGGUAAAAGUGGAACAAGUAAAGGAGGUGCUAGCAACCGGCUCAAUGUAGGUAGUGUAAAGUUAAGAGUAAAGAGACCAUUGACUGUACCAUGUUCGAAAUUAGAACGUCUAACAACUAGUUUAGAAGAACAGACUACAUUGUCAGAUGCAGAGAAAGGUACUCUUCCACCCAUGGAUGUACCACAGCAUUCAUCUUCUGUUAGUAAUGUUCCUCCUACACGCCCAGCUAACCAAGUUUCAGGCUCAUCGUCAUCAGCACCCUUGGCUCUUUUGCAGCCCGUAGUUGCUCUUACACCACUGAGUUCACCAACUCAUAUGUCAAAUGCAUCUCCUUCCACCACAAAAUCAAGCACAUUGCUGAUGACCCCCACUAGUGCCUCAACACCUUCUCUUCCAUGUUUAGCAAUGGACAUGUCCUCUUCUUCUUUCUCAACUCCCAGUCCUAAGAAACGCCCAAAAUUAGAACGGAAAUGUCUGCCUAUAAAGGAGAGAGAAUAUGAUCCAGAUAAACACUGUGGAGUAUGGAAUGGGGAGAACAGCAAGCCCUGUACACGAUCCUUAACUUGUAAAUCACACCCCUUGUCCAUGAGAAGAGCAGUGUCAGGACGCAGCAAACACUUUGAUAAACUUCUGGCAGACCAUCGGGCAGCAAAGGAUGCAGCAAUAAAACUUGUCAAGACAGUGUCUACAGUUCCAGGGGUCUUGAGUCAGUCACCUCCUCAGGAAAUGGAUACAAACCAGGCCUUGUCACCAUCUCCACAUGGGCGAGUUGGUGGAAGCUUGCCGUUAGACGUCCCUGCUUCUCCUCUUCCUGCAUCUCUGUCUACUCCUACUUCAAUCUUGACACCAAAUUCUGCUCCACUUGUAACUUCUGUUCCAAGUCCAACUGUGUCUGCAACCCCAUUUCUUAGCUCUCUUGCAAUCACACCUCUGCCUUCCCUUCCAGAUCUCACCAUUGACACAUUUGAGAGUCAUGUGGUACCAGCCCCAGCUUUGAAAGCACCACUGUUGAGCACAGUGUCAGUGGCGAGAGAUUCUCCAGGACUGGGAAAUUCUCCUGGCCCACCCAUGGGACAGCCACUAGUAACGGCUACCACAACAACUGUGCGGGCUCCUUCCCCUAUAACAACAGUCACUGUUUCUACCCUAUCUGGCAUACCAUCCCUUCCUUCACUGUUAUUGCCUGUUACAGGUUCCAUCUCACACAAUAUCCCAAUGUCCCCUCGAUCUCCAAGCAUGAUUCCAACCUCUGUGACGUCUCUAAACACAGACAUGGAUAGUAACUGUGCCCCUCUUACCUCCCCAUCAAAAGAUCUGACUGUAGUUACCAUACCUUCCUCUCAGUUACCAGCAUCUUCUUCAACUCCUUCUAUUUCCCCAGCUUCUGCCCCACAAGCAGUAUCCACGCCUACUCCUGUACCAGCAACUUCUUUUCUUCCACCUCCUACACACAUAUUUCCAUCAAUGCACACUCUCACAUCUGCUGUUCAGAUGUGUGAUUUCCCUGCGCUCUUUGAGGAUGUAACUUGGUUGAAGAAUCAUCCACGCCCAUUAGCGGUGUGUUCAUUUUCUGGACGUAAAGUUGGAACUUUGGUGUGUAAUACACGGAGACUGGAAGUGGUUCGUGAAGGUCUGCGGGAAGCCCUCACACAUGGUCCAAUGCGGUCACCACUUAAUAAUGAUUUCUAUGGAAAUACAGGCACAAACCAUGCAGCAGGAACCAUUAAAACAGUUCUUACAAACAUUUAUGCCAAGGGCAGCUUUCUCAGCCCAAGUGGAAAUAUAAUACUUCCUGGUGUUGGGUUAUCCAAUAAAAAUCACAAAGUACCAAUUCUCCCCACCCCAUCUCAGCGCAGUUCAUCAGCCAAUAUUACAGUCCCUAGUGCUCUUAAAACAGUGUUGCCAAAUCCACAACAUGUGACAGUCAAAGCUGCCUUAAAUCACAAUGUGACAUGUAACAGCGAUACCAUUAAAAAUGGACAGUUCCAUGUUCCAAACAUUUUGAGUGGAAGUCUCAAGAGGCAUGCAGAGUCGUCAAAAUCAUGUGGGAAUAUGAACUCCAAACGAGCGAAACGGAAACACACCCAAAAUGUGAAUCCUGCAGAGAUCAUUAGCAGCUUAUUAGCAAGGAAGAACAGCCGUUUGGGAGGCAGGGGAAAUUCUUUGCCACUUGUGACUGUAGCCAUUGCCAAUGGGCUGGCAGGUGGUGCAACACCAAAUCAGAGUGAUGCAAGUGAAUCUAAAAAUAUUUUAAGUUCACGUGGUGGUGUUACCUCAGAUUCCUUACGGGCAGAUCUCCCUAAAGGAAUAUCGUCUAGUAAUGUAAACCAAAUUUCAGAUGGCACAACAAAUGCAACAAAUGCAAAAGUCUCUUCGAAUAUUCAGAAUGUUCGGAUAGCUGCGAAUCCCAGUACAGUUCAGCUGGCUACACCUCAAAUUACAUAUCUGACAACUGGACCUGUCACUUUCCAACAAAUUCCUGUAUUAAGUCCUCAGGUAAUUAGCCAAAUCCAGUUGCAGUCAAAGAAUGGUGGAGGCAAUCAGUCAAUCCCAUUGAAGCUGGUGAGUGGGAGCGGAGGGGUGAAUCUGGCAGCGGCUACUGCUGCAACAUCAGGACGCAGUGUAGUUCUCCAUCAGGAUAAAGAUCAUGCUUCCUCUGAGUCUUGAUUUUGAGUUUUAUUGCAAGUCCAAUCUCAGGAAAACCAAGUCAGUGUGUUGUCCAGUAGAGAUUGUUACAUUGCUGUAGCCUUCUUGAUCAUGGUUGUCAUGUACUUCAAUAUGUAACUUCAUCUUUCCAGUCUGAUAUUGGCAUAUAAAUUUAUUGUUCUGGAACUGAUAGAAAUGGAUGUUUCUGGCAUAGUACUUUUAUGUAAUAAACUUGAGUCAGUAUAUGUACAUAUUAUGAAAAUGAAUUGUGAACACCUUUUCUUUUCAGAAUGCAGUAUUUAUUUGGAAUUAUAUAGUACUAAGUUUUUUAUCUUAAUUUUUUGUAAGAACUGUAUAUAUGUUUUAAUUUGCACUGUUAGGAGAGAGAACCCCAUAUUCUGUAUUCCCACCUAUUUUUGGUUCAUACAUAGUUAAAUUUAAAGAGACUGAUCAAUAUACUAAAACUGCAUUUCAAUAUAUAUGUAUAUGUAUGUGGUUCCAUUAGGUUGUGUGUAUAGUGGUUUGCUUGUUUUGUGUGUAAGGUGAUUUUUUUUAAUCUGUAUGUCAAGUAUUUAGUCCAUUUGAGGUGCUUUUGACCUGUUGCUUGUGGUGUUACCACUUACACUGGUGGUGGAAUUGUAAACUAGAAGAGCUUUCAAUACCCAGACAAACACACAAGAAAAACAGUUUGUGAUUGAACCUCGAGCCAGCUGUGAUAUUAUACUAUGAAAAAUAGAAUGUCUUAUGCAAGUGAUAUUAUGUCUUCAUCUUCCUCCAUAGUAGAGCAAUAGGACUCUCAAAAACCAACUAAACCCGCAAAGUGUUCAUAUUUUGGUACGAGGAGCCACAUAUGUCAGUAGGCUGCUUGGGCCACCAUUGUUACCUCAAUCAUGAGAGUUUUGUUACUUCUCCUAACUGCUUCCUCCUCCCUUACAAGUUAGAAUUUGACCAAAGGGUGGAAAUAACGUUCACUAUGUUUUGUGGAAUUGGCACAUAUUGAGCUGAUUGAAGGUGGUUGGCAUUUUUGAAUAUUGGAGUAUACAUAAAUCAUGAAUUUAUUUUCUGUUUAAUUUUACAAUGUUACACAUGAGUACUAUUUAUAUGAAAUAUAGAUUUCUUUUGCAUACUGUUUUUUUUAAUUGUUGAUGUUUAUUCUCCACUACUAGGGACAUCAGAUGCUAAUUUUGGUGGUUUAAUUUUUAUACUUUGUGUAUUAAAGAACCAAAUUAAGCAUUGAGAGGGUUUAUUUUUGAUGUGUCAACUUUCUUAAUGCUGUGAUGAUAUGCAUACCAGUCCUUCAUUUGGAAGUUCCUUUUUCCACUAGUACAUCAAGAAUAAGGACUAAUGGAGUAAAUGUAAAAAACAUCAUCUCCAAUAUCUAGAUGUGUUCCCUUUGCUGCUUUUGUUCAGUUAGUACAUUUCCGUAUAUAACUUUAUCAUCAGUUUUGUACAUCUAAGAUUAAGUGAAUCAAUUUCUCUAUGUGAUUAAGAUGUUUAAAUUUGUGUUAUAAAAUAUAAUUGCAAUCUUUAUUUUGGAAAUCGUAUUGGAAAUAAUCUUAUUGGAAUAUGAGUGAAGCAUUUAAUAAUUAUUCUACACAUGUGAUUAUAGUUUAUGUUCUCUUUAGUGGCAGUGUAUCAUGUAGCCAUGAGAAAUGCAAUCCAGAGUAUAGGCUGACUCUGGCAUGUAGUAUUAUUCUGCAUGGUCUGUUAUCAGGUCUCUCCAUUCAGAAAAUUAUACUGUUCCUGUUUUUACAUUUUCUGUGGCUUCUGCCAUUGGAUAUGGGGGGUACAAAUAUGAAUAUCCUUGUCAAUAUUUCUUACAUUUUUGAUCUUAAUCUUACUUUAGUUAUGUAUAAUUCAAUGGCAAUGUUUAAAGAGAAACGACUCUUUACAAGGUCACUUUAUAUUUAUUUCUAAGCGUGUGCAGAUGGGGAUGGAAGGAUGAUUUUCAUUAUGCUGCCUAUGUUUCAGCAGAGCUGAUCACUUGCAACAGCAUAAUGUCAGCUUGAUGCUAGAAAUAUGAUUGGCAAUGACAACAUAUCUGCACUCCCUCCUCAUUUACUUUGCAAAGGUGUAGAGGGAAAUCAAGACCCCAUGGUGCAGAAACACAUUUUGGUACUUGAAAAUGACCUCGUCUGAAUAGUACUGCCAUAGGAGUGUCUGGAGAAUUGUGAUAGUCUAGAGCAGCAUUUCUCAACCUGUGGUACGCGAACUAAGUAAGAAAAUCAAAAGAUACUAUUAACAUAAAUAAGUUUUCCCUGAACUCAUUUGGUUAGUGGUACAUUUAGUGUGUUAGAAUUUGUGGUACACCAGUGAAAAAGGGUGAGGACCCCUGGUCUAGAGUAUUAUGCCAUUCUGUCAGGUCAGUUGUUUGGUGACGUCUGCAAUCCAAAAGCAUUUGCCUUUAUCAUAACCCUUCCAGCUCUUGAUAUGUUUACAAGUGUAUGCUUACAGAUUACAGUAUUUUGCAGUAACUCACAAAUAAUUUUACUCUUCCUGAGUAUACCAGUAAGUGCUAUCCCACAGAAUCUUAUGUGACAUUGUUUUCAGAACAGACAGUAAAAGAACACAUACAAGGACAAUAUCAUUCCUCCCUCUUUUAGGCAUAUUUCUGUGCAGGCAUGGCCACCAUUGUUUGGUUUUCCUCUGCACAGUGUUGACUUUGAUAUUUUACAAUUCUCUUAAAUUGUAAAACUUGCCUUCUAUCUACAGUUGCUUUUUCUGACAGUGUGGAAGCCUUAAGAAGUUAAUUUAUGUCUGUCUUACUGUUCACUUUAGUUAGACCAAGUAAUUAAUGCUAGUCCACAGAGAAAAAACAUACAUGUACACUUUAUGCUUGAAUCAGAAUCAUGUGCAUCAUGUGACCACAGCCAGAAUCCUUUAAAACAGUACUGGGUUUUUAGGAAAUCUGCUUAAUACAUGAAUAUUGAUACAUAAUAUUAUUUUAUUUCCUCUCAUUUAUGAACAGCAGUCUAUAUGCCCUAAUCUGGCUCUUAUACCAAGACAUGAAUUCCUGUUUGUCAGUCAGUCCUGUUUCAGGAUGGACAGUAAGAGAUGAAUUGCGCUUUCAGGUUUCUUGUUUUCUUUAUAUGUAUGUACCAAAAAUUAUAUUUUUGUAAACUCCAUGUUUUGGGUGAGAAGUCAAGAUAGAUGUGGAUUUUAUGCAUGAUGCAGCAUUGUAUACAUGAAUGUGGUUGAAGUUUCAGUGUAUUUGUUAUGAAUUGGUCUUGAUGUGUGCCAGUUUUUCACUUCUGCAGGACAGUAAAUUUAGUUUGUAUCUGGAACCAUUGUCAUGAUUUCUUACUUGUAUCUGACUUGUUUCUGUAAUUGUUAAAGAUAUUUGGUUGUGAAAAUAAUGUGCAACACACUGGAAGGCAUUGAUAUGAGAUUUUCUUUUAUACUUAAUUUUAGUUAUCUUUGUAAAAAUGUAUUUUUCGAUUUCAUCCAUCACCUAAAGUGCAAAUAGAAAUAAAAAUAGGAUGUUUAAAAAGCUGGAUCCAGAUCUGAGGCUGCUUCAUCAAGGGGGCCCAACAGCGAGGGUUUCUGUCCUUUCCUUUUUGCCUGAAGACAAGAAUAUCCAGCUUCCAAAGUGUUGUAUUUUUAUUUCUGUUUGUAAUUUGCAUGAUAGUCAAAGUCCAAAAAACCUUUUUUACAGAUUAUAACACCAUUGUCAGAAACCUUUAGACUUCAUCUGAGUUAUCUUGUAAUUAUUUCAUUUGCAUAUAAUAACAGAGACUAGCAUGUUAAUUUCAGAUUAUAUUUCUGCUGCAGUUCUGUAAACACUGAUAUUUAUAUAUGAGCAUCAUGUUUGUCACCCUGUCUUAUUGUGUACAUAAUAAGGCUGGUAUAAAAUUAUUUACCACUAAUUGCUAUUUAAGUUUCAUUUGAGGUCUCUUAAUUUCUUUACAAAUUGGUUCAAACUGAAUAACAGAUUUGUGUUUUUAAUUGAAAGUUACAGAAUUGAAGAAGAGUUUGGUGAAAAAUGUAUGUACUACCUCCAUUCAUAUAAAUUUGAGGGAAAGAUUUUAAAACUGUUUGUAACUUAUUAAAUUUCUUUUAAAAAUGAUUCCAUAUGUGCUAAAAAUUAUUAAUUUCACAUUAUUUUGUCACCAAAAUGUUUGGGGGGUCUUUGCUAAGUGAAAUGAUAAAAUGUAUUUUUAUAUUUUUUGUUAUUACACACUUUAUACUAAAUGCUUCAUUUAUAAGUGAAAUAUGAAAUAUAUAAGUAUGUCAGUAUGUGACAUUCAAAUGAAAUAGUGGAGUUUUGUAAACAUUAAUUACACUUUAGGUGAACUAUGUUCAUAUACUGGUAGUUAGUAUUGUAGGCAGCAGUAGAAAAUGAUUUAUUUUUUUAUUUGAGUUAUACAUCUCCAAGAAAAUAUGUUCGUCUCACAUGAAAAUAUCAUAAGAUAAGUACCUUGGGUAACAUUACUCUUCUCCAAAUUUAAGUUCUUAACAGAAACAGUUUUUUCAUUGAACAAAAAGUGAGGUCUGAAGUCAUGAAAAAUCAUUCCGUAUUGAAUUUAAACAGGCUUCUUCCACUAGUUAGAGAUAAUGUUGAAUAUUAGCCUACUGAUUUAUCAGAUCUGAGACAAUUUUACCACAGUUGUGACCAGAAACCCUACAUUUUAUUAGGUCCAUGUGAUUGGAGCAACAAAAGUGGAAAAUUAUGUUUUUUAAUCUUUGCAAUAAAAUUAUCUUUGUGCACAGGGCAGAAACAGGCCUUCUACCAAAUGAUUAAAAAAUUAUUUUGAUUAUUGUACGUUUUUAUGCUAGUAAUUUUUAUUAAUCAUUACCACCAUUAUUGCUUCUAGCAGGUAAUCCCAUUCCAGGUCAGUAUGGAAAUAUUAACAGAGAAUAUGGCCUGUUAAAAUAGGUGCAAAGGAUAAGAAUGUACUCAAUGUUUUAUUCUGUUUCAGCUAUAAAUAUGUCAAGUGUCCAUUGCCUGUUGUUCACAAAAGAACCGUACCUCAUAGGUUUCAAAUUUCAAACCAGUAAUUUUAAAGUGUCUGAUAAAUUGCUUAUUACACCUAACAUCUGUGUACACAAAAAAUUAUUACACUUCUACAUUAUGACAGACAGGUGACUAGUGUAAGUUGCAUAUCGUGUAUGCACUUGCAUGGUGAUCAAUAACUUGCUUAUUUAUUAAAAUGUACUUGCGACUUUGAAGUUGCAUAUCGUGUGCAUUUGCAUGGUGAUAAGUAAAUUGCUUGUUUAUUAAAGUUUACUUGAGACUUUCAAAUUUGAGGUUAUUAAUGGACUAACUCCAUGAAGCAGAGUCCUUGAGAAACUAAUAGCUGCUUAACUAAUCAUGCUCACAAGAGCCCCAUUUGGUGGUUUUAUAAUUGGAAAUUAUGCCUUUCAAAAUGAAUACCAUAAUGUUGAAGUGGCCAGCUGAAGAUCUGUUAAAAAGACUGUAUCAUUGACAUUAUUCUUGAUUGCAUUCUUCUGGGUUGUGACACUGUGUAGUUCUGUGGGUGGACUUAGUUAAAACUCCUAGGUCAAGAUCCAUAUCAGAAAAUAAAAUAACUCCAUAGAUUAUGAUGUUCCAUAAAUGUUUUUGAUUAAAAAACUGUUUGGGACUCGGCUUUGCGGCUCUGUAAGGAAUGGAAGCCAGGCACAAUUCUUCCACAUUUCCACAGCUUCUGUAGUCACAAAGUUGAGUCCCAAACAGUAUUUCUUCAUGUACUAAAUAUUUAACAGAUAGCAGGCAGAUGUUGAAACUUGAUCCCUUAAAAACAAUGCUGUCAAAUGCCUGUAUCUAAUAGGUGACAUGUAAGACUUUAAGUCCUUAAUUAAUUAUAUUGGAUGGACAAUGAAGUGUGACAAAUGCACCAAGUCAUCUUGUUAACAUAUCAUUUUAAAGUUUUGAGUUCUGUGUAGCUGCUGGGAAGACAGUGAACAUGGGCAGGCCAGUCAUGUCAUUUCAUUUGUAUGUAUGUCUCCACACAUUAGGAUUGUGAACAGAAUAUACAGGUAAUUGCAGUGGGUCACAUUGACAUUUCUAGGUUAAAUGUUUUCAUUGUUGGUCCAGAAUUAGUUGUACUAGUUUAUUGGGCAGGCAAACUAAAAUAUGCACCAACAUACAGAUGUCUGAGUACAAACUUGGAUUUUACUUUCUUAAUGUUUUCAGUUUUCUUAUUGACUUGGCCCUUUACAGCUGGGGAAUUAAACUCUAAUUGCAUAUUCAUUUGACCAUGAUUGAAAAUUUUAUGUUAAUACCUUUAGUUUAGUUUAUGUUACAGCCUGCAUGAAGUAAUUUGUUACAGACAUUCUGAGGUAUUUUAUCUAGACUACUUUACAUUUGCUGAUUUCUUGAUAGAAAUGUUGGAACUUCAUUGCUCAAUUGUUACAUGAAAUAAAAACUUAAUUUCUGGAACCAUGAGACUGAUGUCUAUAGCAACAAAUAACUUGUGGUCUUAAAAACUGCAAUACUAAAUUGAAAGACUUAGGAAAUUAUUAAAAAAGUUGUCAUAAGAAUGUGUAAAUCUUUAUUCUGUCACUUUUUAUUAAAUGUCUCCAAUGAAAAAAUAUCACAUGUGAUGUGCAUAGUUGGUCACAACACUUUCAUACCUUUCUUUUACAUUAUUCAGGAUUAUAAAAUUAUGUACAAGGUAAGAUCAUGCUCUUUAUUAAUGCAAAUGGAUCUACCCAUGUAUGCCUUCCAGUUGAAUUGUGUGUUAUUCUGAUACAGUGAUGCACAGCCUUAUAGUAUGAUUUCUUACGAGAAAAAUUCAACAGCCUCCAGAUCAUUAAGUUGUAUUAUAAACUUCAGCAAAAUGUACUAAAAUAAAACAUGAAACUGGUGAAAGAACGAGUCAGAACAUUUAACAAUAACAAGGGUUCUGAAAGGUAGAAUGGCUAUAUGGAUGAAUAUGUCAACAUCUACUCUUGUUUUGGCCUUUGCUGAGAUAUUUUGUGUCUAUUUUUUUUAAUGUAUCCCUUCUAGUCUUUUGGUGAAAGGACAACAACAGAGAACUGUAUGUACAUUUCAGUUUAGAAACAAGUGAUUUCAUCAUUAUUGUGCUGGAUGUAAUUCAGAACAAAAUUAACCUAAAACCCUCAGCUUCAUAUUGAAAACAAAUUACUUCUGUCACUGUUUUCUUAUAUUCAUAUUUUGAAGUUGUAUGCAGAAUUUAAUUUAUAUCAUAAAUACCAUAUCAUUCAGCACAGUAAUGUAAAAUUUAUUUUGAAGUUAUACUUCCAAACACAAUGGUAUCCUUGUAGCAGAAAUGAACAUUAAAAUAUAUGAAGCAUUAUGAUUAGAUCAACAAAGCAUUCAACACUCCAUAACAUGAAAUUUUUAUAACAUACAAGGCUAAGAGGUUCUACAGUCAGGUUUCUUACUUCCAAAUGCAUUGUCUUGAAAUGUAAAUUUAAUUCUUAAAAGUUGGAACAUUUCCCUCUAUCUGUUUAAUAACCCUUACACUUAAGCUAUGGACAUGUAGAAUAUGGUUUUUGUAUUAUAUUUAAAUUAUUGUGUAUAUGCCAUUAGACUUGGGGACAUUAACUGGAAUAUUUUAGGUUCUCAUGGUGAUGAAUAUAUUACUAGUGGUCUUCUGGGUUGUGAUACUUAUGGGCUUGUAGAUGAAGAACAAAGUUUUGUAGGAAUAUACUACUCCACUUUCAGAGCUAAUGUAUAGAGAGGGUUAGGCUAAGGACCAGGUCAGAGGGAUUGGCCAACUUCCAAGGGAUGAGAGGAGAAAAGUGGCCCUUUUAGGGGACCAGAAAUUAAGUGAGCAUCAUGAGGAGGUCUUGUCACAUUCAUUUGGCUAAUCUCUUAACCUGGUCCUGAUUCUUCUAACCCUAAGUAAACUGUUCACUCUAUAAUACUUCUCAGAUGGAGGCUGUAUGUUCCUUCAAAAUAUUGGUAUCAAUCUUCAGAUCCAUACAUCGUCAUAACCUGGAAGACCCACCAUCAAGACAGGUGGAAUAAUUAACAGAAAUAAUAACUGGCAAGUAUGGUUCCAUCAAAAAUGGUUGAGUCUGGCUGAACUGCAGCUCAUGGGUAUAUAAUAAUCACAACGUACCUAUUUGAUACUAAUCUGAAGUUUAAUCUGUUCUUUGGUAAAUAGUAUAUUAAGAAUAAGUCUUGUGUAGUAAUGACUGUUUAGAUAUGAAAGUAAAUCAAUCUAAAAAAUGAAAUGAAAUCUCAGGACACAGUCAUGUUUUAAAUAGGAGAAAAGUACAGCUUAUAUAUGUAGAUAUACUACAGAAAUAUUUUGUGCUUUCUUCUUUCAACUAAAAGCUGCAUAAACAUUAUAUAAAGAGGAAUUAUGGAGCUAUGAUGAGUGAGCAGAAGGAAUUCAAACAGGAAUUUAAUGGAGAAAACAUUUGGAAAAGAAGAAGAUGAGAGGUUAAUAUUAAAACAUCUUUGGGAAAUGAUGACAUAUGAGAUUUUCAUAGUUGUGAAGAUGUCCAUUGUGGGUUUCUAGUUUGUGACACUGUAGACUUGUAGAGUAGUACCAGUGUUUUGGAGGAACAUACUGCAUCCAUCUUCAUUGAAGAUAGAGAUAGUAUGUUCCCCAAAACAUAGCCUCAUGACCCAGAAAACCAACAUGGACACUGUGAAAUGGGUUGUGAUAAAGAGAGCUGAAUGGAACAAGUUCAGAAUCAUGUCGAAUGGUGGGCCUUAGGUAUCAGUUAUAUUAAUCUGAAAUUACAAUGAAAAUACCUUGACUUACUUUAGUUCACUGUGGUAUUGGUGGGCUCAAAAUGCAAGAAAGAGGUAGAAAUUAUGUAAACUGAAAGAAAAUUGUAAUAGUGUGAAAAGAAAAAAAAAGUUUGCAAGAUAGGUAUAGUCAUAAACAGUUACAGAUUUAUAGGGAUGCAUUAAAGUCAUGCAAAAUGUAGUAGUAUGGUUUUGCUCCCUCCUGAAAAGUAGCAAGACAGCAUCUGCUCCACUGCAAUUGUUGAAUAUGGUACUCGAGAAAGAUGUAAAUCUCUGUUAGUAGACAGCAUGAUUGUGGCUUGAUUGCAUCUCUCUUAAAAUGGAUCUGUAAUUAUAUUAAUGUACUUAUUUUAAAUUAUGAGGAAAGAUCCUGUUCUUGAACCUGUCUUUUUUCAGAGAAUUUGACAUGAUGAAAAUUUAUCAAGGUGGAACUCAAACCCACAUUUAUCAUCAUUAGAUAGCGACUCCUGACUGAGCUACAGGAUAUUUUUCAUCUUCCAUUUCUCAUUUCCUCUUAUUUCAAGCACAGGAUAUUUUUGUAUAUUCACACAUUACCUGUUACAAGAUUCAUCUGCUUUAAAAGUAAGAGCCAUUGUGUCAUAAAUUAACAAUUUCAUUACAUGUCCAGGCUUUGAACAAUGUUGAUACAUUUGUAUGACAAUCAUUUAUUGCGUUAAUGAUUGUAAUGACUAACAAUUCACAUGACAGUAUAAACAGUGGUUUUCCAAGAGUACAGGCAUCUCACAUUUCAAGUAUCACGUAUUUGUGUUGUGGAAGACCACUAAGUUUUGUUAAUAAAAAAUGAAAGAAAUUGAUAAGAGUAAAACUAAUAUGUACCCAACUUUUUGGAGGGCAUACACAAUUCAUGUGCAUAAUUAUAAACGUACUUCACAAUAUUGUGAGUAAAUUCCUGACUUAGAGCAGUUUUGAAAAUGUUGUGCUUAUGUGAGGAAAUGAAACAGCACUGGGAGUAUUACUAUAGUUAUGCCAUCCAUUUUGAAACAGAACUUACUUGAAAUUGUGUUGUAUAUACAAAUAAAUAGUUGUUAACAUCUGCCAUGCUACACAUUUCUUCACAUUACAAUGUGUGAUGCAAAAUAACAUUUUGAUAAUCUGUUAGAAACUGUACAGCUUAUGUUCUGUGUUGUGCAUUACUGGUAGUGUAAAUCAGUAUCUGCAUGAAGUGGACAAGAUGAGGGUUUUGCCAAAUAGCUUCAUGAAACAGGUAAUACAAAAGACCUCCACUUUUGUGUUAUAAACUUCACAACAGUGAUUUGUAACAUAAUGUUUAAAUUAAAGCAAACAAUAAUCUGAUGUGACAUAUAACCAGUAAAAUAGCUUUGUGGCAGUAAAUAUUGAUAAUAAUGUGAA